AUGACAACUUGCUCAAGCAGAAAUCUUUGUAUAACUUCUCCUCUUUUCUGGUUUCCACCCGCAUCUUCUUAUCCAAAACUGUGCAGUCCACCGACCAAAAAACCACCUAAUAAAGUUGACUGGGGACACCCCGUUGAGCGCGACAGAGAUACGUGGCUGAUUCAUCUGUUAUGUCCCAAGGAGUGUUACACGCACACAAGACACCUCACUUCCCCGGUCGAGCCCUGCAUCUGUCGUGGCUACUGCACCAUAUUCUCUGAACUAGACAAAAAUGAACCGUCCUGGCCGUGUGUUAUGUCGUGUAGUCUCGAAUACAGAGGAGGACAAAACCAUCGACCAAGACUUACGCUGCCACUGUCUCCGCCAUCAACCCAGCUAGUAGAGCAUGAAGAUCACAAAGGCCCAAGUGUCGACUGUCCAUCUUCAAAAGAUACCUUUGUGGACUAUGAGAAGAGAGAUCUUUUGCAGGCCUGGCUAGACAGCAUUCCGGAAUAUUAUCCUUUGUUAGAUGACCAAAAAUACUUGGAUAUGCCUAUUUGGCAGGAAACAAAUUCAAAUCCAAGUCCAAAUCGUAUAUGCCCUCCUCCUCUUACUACUACUACUAGACCAAAGGUUGCCUUGCCAAAAUCAGCAAAAAGAGAAACUUUUUUCGGGGUAGUGAGUCAAUGGGUAGUACGAAUAAAGAAAGGUCUGUCUAUAGAAUUAUCUUGA